CGAGCGAAGGAGACACACUGAGCGCGUCCCAGCCUCCCGAAACCUCCUCCUCCCGCCUCUCUGACGUCACGUCGAUGGCCAUUUGCAUGAAGGCUUUUUCUGCUGCAGCCUCCACCACUCCACUCCGCUCCGCUCGUGCGCAAACCGUCUCACACAGCCGCGGAGAGCCGACCCAUCCCGACCCAUCCCGACCGGGCCGAGUCAGAUCGAGACCGAAAGUGAGGGGGGAGAGUGAGAGACGACGCUAAACGAGGGUCCGUGGUUGCAUGAGGCUUUUUCUCCUUGAAGAGGAUCAGAAACACGGGCUGCAGCUGGUUCGACGGAUACCGCACGACCGAGCGAACCGAGGCAGUCCGCCCCCCCCCCCCCCCCCCCCCCCCAUCAGACAUGGAGCUGCCCGCCGCGGGGGAACACGUCUUUGCGGUGGAGAGCAUCGAGAAGAGGAGGAAUAGAAAGGGGAGGGUCGAAUACUUGGUCAAGUGGAGGGGAUGGUCUCCAAAGUACAACACCUGGGAACCAGAAGAAAACAUCUUGGACCCAAGACUCUUGGAUGCCUUCAAAGACAGAGAAGGGCAAGAUCAGCUGAUGGGAUAUCGCAAAAGAGGACCAAAGCCCAAACAUCUUUUAGUUCAGGUGCCAUCCUUCGCCCGGAGAUCCAGCAUCCUGUCUGAUCUUCAGGAGGCCUCCCUGAACGAGGACAGCUGUCAGAAGACGGCCCCCAUCCAUAUGCUGCACUCCCAGAGCCAGCAGUACCAGCUGAACAGCAAGAAGCACCACCAGUUUCUGCCACUGGGCAAGGACGCCGAGCUGCAGGCCAAUGGCAAGAAGAAGUUCUACUACCAGCUCAACAGCAAGAAGCACCACCCCUACCAGCCCGACCUCCGGAUGUACGAGGCCCCCCACCUGAAGCCCAGAGACGCUAAGGUUCCAGAGGUGGCUAACCAGGCCUGGAACCUUCCUCCGGCGUUGCAGCAAAAGUGGGUUCGAGACAAGGACUCCGGCUGCCUGACCAAGGUCAAGGACAUCACCAUGGAGCUGAAGAAACUCCCAGCGGAUCUCAAUGGACACAAGGAGCCGGAGAAAGUACAGCCCUCCGCUGAGAAAGACAAUCCGUCACCGCCGAGUUCUGUGAGCAACGGCAAGCUUAAGAUUGUCAAAAACAAAAACAAGAACGGACGGAUUGUUAUCGUCAUGAGCAAGUACAUGGAGAGCGGCAUGAAGACGGCAAAGAUAAAGAACGGGGACUCUAAAACGGUGGACGAGCCUACGCCCGACGAGGAGAGUAUCGACAACGAGGUCGAGAAGAUGAAACUCAUCAAGAAGCUCGGGCUCAUGAACGGAUUUGCAAAAAACCUCAAGGACAAACCCAAAGUUUCCCGUGCUGAGAACGGCCAUACAGAGACGGACCCGCCUCUUGAAGCAAAGGCCCGAGUGACGGAGCAGGAUAAGCAGGAGGAGGUCGGGGGUCAAACGCCUCCUCUAUUGGAUCAGCCUUUACAACUGACAACCGGAGCUAACCUGAUCACGGGGCGUGCGGACGAGGCGGUUCCCUGCCUGUCCGAGAGUGGACGGAGCCAUGAAGGACUCAAACGGCAGUCUUCUGCCAUGGACAAUGAGGACCAACCAGGAGGCAGUAAGAGAUUUUUGAGCUCCAGGAUAAGCACACCACACACGUUGUCGUCACCACCUCAGAGUGCAGUCGAAGACCAAAAUGCCUUUACCGCGGGUCAGUACGCCAACCGGGAAUACGGAUAUACCGAGCAAGAGGAACCCAUUGAUUUGAGCGUGGUGAGGAGCAGGCCUGAGGCUGUGAUCCAGACUGAACUCUGUACGGAGACUGAAACCGUAACACAAGCAGACACAGAAACACUGUCCGAGGCCCAGUCGCCCACACUUCCAGAGGAAACAUCAGAGAGCGACCCCACCUUGGAAACACAGAGCCACACUCUCAGCCCCAGUCAUAGUAAAGAGCAGCCCUUCCAGAGUCGUAGUAAAGAGGAGCCGUUCCAGAGUCAUAGUAAAGAGGAAUCGAUCCAGAGUCAUAGUGAAGAGGAGCCCUUCCCCACGUUCAAGCCUUUCCUGGGGAAUAUCGUCAUUACGGACAUUACCACUAACUGUCUCACUGUCACGUUUAAGGAGUAUGUGACGGCGUAGCACAACCCGUGAUUAAUUUGGCGUACCGACUACGAUGUGUAUAUUUGUCUUAUGUUGUACAUGCAAUAUAUGGUAUUUUUGGAUGCUUGAAUGUACAAAAGAGCAAUUAUGUUUCUUGUUUUUUUAACCGUCUUGCUUUACCUUGAUCCCUUGUUUGAAUGGUUGACAUUUAUGGUGAUUUCUUACACGCCUCGGCCGUUACUACUACUGGUGAUCUGAUCAUAUGCAGUAUCUGAUUUAAGCUCUUAUAACUGAAAGAAAGGUUUUUUGACCAAUCUUCUAUCAGCGAAUAAGCACUUACUCUUGUAAAUAAUCAACUUUUUAGGGUUUGAAUUACUUUGUCAUCAAUACACUCAAUUCUACAUCAAAAUGUGUGCGAAGAAUUUUGGAAGGACAAAUUCUAUGAAAGAAAAUGGUAAAAUACACUGUGUGUGUGUGUGUGUGUGUGUGUGUGUGUGUGUGUGUGUGUGUGUGUGUGUGUGUGUGUGUGUGUGUGUGUGUGUGUGUGUGUGUGUGUGUGUGUGUGUGUGUGUGUGUGUGUGUGUGUGUGUGUGUGUCACGACGUUAGCUGCGUCCGUGCGUGUGUGCGUGUCGUUUGGUGCGUUCGUUUGUGUGUCACAACACGAACCAGUGCAUACAGACGCACUGGUCGUUUAACAGAAAGCAUGCUGCCUGGACCUCUCAGGCGAUAGUUAGACAAGAUGAGGAACCCUGAGAACCAUGUUUAAUGUUAUUUGUCAUGAAAAAGAGUCAAUGGAAAUCGUUGCUUUAAGAUUAAAUAUAAAUGGGCAAGGUA